AUGUCCAUUGCAGCUCUGCCCGUGGAAUUGAUCUCAAAGAUAUGUAACCAUUUGGAUUUCCAGCAAUUGGUCGCUCUGAGGUUAUCAUGCCGCGCAUUGUACAAAAACUCACUGGAGAAUUUCGCGGAGACCUUUAACCGAAAAAUCCGUUUCAUUGUGACAAGCGAAGGUCUCCACGAACUAGAAGAAUUAUCUAAGUCAAAUGGUCUCCGCAAGCACGUUCAAGAGCUAUAG